AUGCCGGGGCUGGGGCUCAUCAUCACGCUCGACGGCGACGGCGCCCAGGGAGAUUAUCGACAAGAUCUGGAAGGAAUCCACAUUGUGCUUCGGAGGUGGUGUUGUGUGUAUGAUGAUUUUGAUGGCACCAUUGCAAGCAAUAUCUGCCAGACCAGUGACAAAGAUCAUGAAAAAGCAUUGAAGGAGCUCCAGGGUAUAAUAACUGGAAAGAGGUACCUCAUUGUGUUAGAUGAUGUAUGGAAUAGGGAUGAGGCUAAGUGGGGAAAACCGAUGUCCUGCCUUAAGCAAGGUGGCAAGGGCAGUGCAGUACUGACAACAACUCAUGAUGCAGAAGUAGCUCAAAUUAUGAAAAUGGGUGUAGCUGAAGCCUAUACUAUCGAGAAAUUGAGUCCCAAACAUUUGAUGGAAAUAGUCCAGAGUAGAGCAUUCAAUUUGCAAAAACCAAACAUUGAAGAGCUAGAUGACAUUGUUGAUAUGAUUGUUGACAGAUUUGCUGGUUCUCCUUUGGCUGCAAAAACCCUUGUCUCUGUGUUGAAUACCAAGACAAGUCUGAAAGAAUGGAAGGAUAUAUCAGCCAAAAGUAUCACUUGUCUUCAAAUGAUUGCAGGGUCAUUGUAA